UUUGUUUACAUCACGCCAGCUGGUCACUCGCUCGUCCACCGCUGAGAUGAAACUUGCACGAGGGUUUUGUGAUUUAAAUAUAUCAGCAUCAGAUGAGGAUCUCAAAAAUACUGUGCUUAAGGCAUUAAGUAUUGGGUACCAAACUGUCGCUAUCAACAGAGAGGUAAUUGAUAAUUCAACUUCUGAGAAGAAAAAACGGAAAAAAGGAGAUUUUCCUAUGGUUCCUCCUCCACCAAAAUUGGAAUUGUCAGAAGAGGAUCUCCGUCAGCACGGUAUCACCAGAGAGCCUGUCAUCCUCACAAGGAUCACAGUCACGUAUUCUGAUCCCGGGUCUGCUUUCCUCUCAAAAUUCCGUGAAGUCAUUAAGCAGUAUGAUAUUAUAGCAUUCACUCCAACAACCGAAGGUGCUCUUAAACAAACUGUGUGCCAGACACUUGUAGAUGUGGAUAUUAUCUCACUGAACCCAAACGAACAGGGUGCCCGCUUUGCUAGGAAAUUAUUGCGUUUAGCAGUGGAACGAGAUAUAUAUUUUGAGCUGAGCUAUGGCCCUUGCAUUCUAAACUCUGGCAGCCGACAGCGCACCAUCACAUUAUCUCACAUCCUACAUCAGUGCUCAAGAUCAGCAAACAUCAUAGUCACCAGUCAAGCUAGAGUUCCAAGCCAUCUUCGGCACCCAUAUGAUGUCAUGAAUCUGGGACGGUUCUUUGGCUUGACAGAAGGUGCUGCCAAACAGGCUAUAGUAUCCUUGUCUCACAACGUUGUAUAUUGUGCUGCUUCACGCAGGAAAGGAGCGGCAAAAUGUGUUGCCCAGGUCACAUUCUUAGAUACAGAUACACCUAAGUCAAAAUUUGAUGGAUUAGGAAAUGCCAGAAAAUUCUUAAAAACUAACACUGGAAUAAGUGAUUAAAGUAUGUACUAUUUUGCUGUUGUUUAUCUAUUCAUUGUUAGAAUAUUGACUGGUAGACAUUUUAUAAUUAAUAUCUAGGGAUGCAUAAAUAAUUAUUUUUGAAGAUUUAAGAGUAAUGAAUAACGUUAUUAAUAAAAGUACAGACCCUAGUCAGGAUUUUUUUCCUUUUCAGAUUAAGUUUGUAGUUAAUAGUACUGUACUGUACUCAAGUGACGUCAAAUUCAGAACUAGCCGUGUUGUCAGUUAAUUACAUUAUGACCAAAUUUGCCUUAUAUAAUGGUUUUUGUCCAGCUUAAAAAUGCAAAGCUUAACAAAUUUGACCUUGACCAUUUAUUGUCAGUGUGGCCAUAAGAAGCUUAGGUAAUUGUUGCCUUUAUUGAUGGUGAGAGGAACUUCUCGUGUGAAAGGAAAGAUGUGGAGCAGUGAAACAUGGGCAGUUACAGAGGAUGACAUUCAUAGGCUUGAGUGAACUCAUAUGAAAAUGGUAAGAUGUGACAAAGAUAGGAAAUCAUGUACUGACAGGUCAGGCAUGUGGAGAGAAUGGAGGAGACCAAUUUGGUCAAGAUUUAGGAGUUUGAAUGUGGGGAUGAGGAGAACUAGAGGUAGGUCAAGAAUAACAGGGAGAGGGUGUCAGAAAUUAACUCAGAGGUAAUUGAUCAUGUCUAACUCACUCACGCUUGGAAAAUGGUGAUGAUGAUGUUCAUGGUGUUCUGUGCAUUAAGCACAGAAAGAAGAAAUUUAUACAUUCUAAUUUAGACAUUUGAUUGAAUCUAAGGGUCGAUCCUGAAAUUUCAUUUUAUGAUUCCACAACGAACAAACAACCUAAGUAUGGCAUCAUAAAGCUAACAGGUUUGACCCAAAAGUUCUCAGAAACCUUUCACUCACCCCCCCCCCCA